AUGGCUAAAGAGACCCCUGUUGAAGAGAAACGAAGCAUCAUUUUCAUGAUCAAACGACCACGACCCGAACUUCACGGUGCCGAAGAAAUACGACGUUUUGAAGUGUUGGAAGGCAUCAGCUACCGAAAACUUCAUCGACGCGUGCGCAAAGCAUUUGGUCUAACCAGCGGAUUUGACCUGGCAUUCGACGAGCACAAUACAACAAUCACCAUGACUGACGAUCAAGAUAUGCGGCAUGUGACAGAGCGAUCGCAGCGCGAGUUUCAGUUAAACAGCACUUGCCACAACCAGCCGGAGCAAGAGCAUCAUAAUCGUGGCGAGCCGCUGGUAUGGAUGGUGAUUGUACCUUCGCAUAAUCUGGGAGAACGAUGGAUCAUGAAGGCCGUUCGAUGGGUUGCCAAGGGGGGCCGUGUCGUUCUAAUAACAGCAGCAUCGGUCAUUACACUCGUUGCUCCAUUGAUUCCGCUAUUACCUGUACCACAAGUGGCUGCAAUUGCAGCGAUUGCAGCUGCAGCUACUGCCAUCACUACUGCAUCACAGCAGUCGUCAUCCUCCUCCUUGUCGCAGGAGCAAGAGCAGCAGCAGGAGCAGCGUCAACUUACUACAUCCUCGGCAUCGUUAGCCUGA